AUGCAACUAGAAUAACACUAAGAAGCGAUAAAGUAGUUUGAUCUAGCUAUUUUAAUUAACCCAAAUGAAUUAGAUGCUUAUAGUUGGAAGGGUAAAUAUUAAAAUCAUUUUAGGAUUCUCACUAGAAAAUUAACAUAUGUAUGCAAAGGCAAUCCAAACAUACAGAUAAGCGCAAUGCUUAUUAGAAAAUUAGGAGAAUGAAUAUUAAUUAAAUAUUUUGGCUUGGCAAAAAGAACGUUGA